UUGUUUUGUGAAAGCAGUUCAAUUUGAGCCUUUCGUAAGAACUACAAGAUAACUAAUUCAACCAAACAAGAUGAAGCUGAUUGUCUUUGCUAUUACUUUAAUAGUAGCUUGUGAAGCUUUUUCAGCUUCAAACAAUCAUCAUGCUAAAAAACAUAAUCAAGUAAAGCAUGAUAAAACUUCUCAUGUCGCAUCAUCAAAACGGGAGGGAAGCUUCUGUGAUGGGAUUUGUGCAAAUUGUCCGAAAACUCCUGAUGCAAAACGCCAUAACUCUCACAAGAAGAGUCAUAAUGUGCAUCAUAAAAAACAUCAUUCUGUUAGAGAUGGUGAAGAUGUAAAUAUAACUGAAGAUAUUAGCGAUAAACCUGAUAUGUGUAAAAUGUGCAAUUGUAAUACAACAACAGAAUGUACAGAAAAUCAAGAAAAUACAGAAACCCCAACAACUCCAGAAACUCCAGAAACUACCGAUGAGCCAGAAACCUCACAAAACACCGACGAACCUCAAGCACGACAUGCUAAGAAACACCACAAUGUUAAAGCACAUCAUGGUAAACAUCAUGAGAGCAAGAAAAAUCAUCACUGAUUGGGGUGAUCUUAUCUAACUGAAAAUUGAUUACAAAUAUUGUGAUUAAUUUAAAAGUUUUGAAUAAAUAAAAUGAGAAUAAAUA